UACCUAGAUAUACGACAGUUUGGCUGACCACUCUCUUCACAAAGUGGUCUGGGACAUCCAACAUCACUGCGGGCUUCUCUCAGCCACCACCACCCUCACUUGAUCACACCAUCAACAACACCUGACUGCUCUUCUCUGUAUGCAUACAGCCUACUCGCCUGGCCAUACUUGAACAAAAAAGUCGGAGGCUUAGAGGUCGUCUCGAUUCUCAGGUCAUCACCGCUGCAAUGGAGCAAGGACAGGGAGUCCGAGGACCGGGUCUUGAGGAUCGCUUGAGGACUAUGAUCCUCACCAACUCCAACGACCCAGAGCCCCAAGUGGAAAACGCCCCCAACGGUUCAUCCCCUCCACAACCCCGGAAGCGUCUCAACCAGGCCCAGCGUCGUCAAAUGUCCGCUCAGCUGAAUAUCGCCAUUGACCCUCGUGCUCAACCACCUGAUCCUGUCCGACCACAACAGGCCUUGAGAGGGUUUGCGCCUCAACCAGGACCUCCGGCUGGACAUGAACCUGCGCAGCGACUUGGGCACCAAGUUGGACAUCAGCCUGGGCGUCAACCGGCACCGUAUGGUAAUGGAGGCCGUUAUAGAAAUCAAAGACCUCAGUCAGGACCACAACCAACAGCUUAUCACCACCAGCAGACCGGCCCUAGAGCCCACCAGCCAAACCCGCCUCAUACGGGCAACCAGGUUCCGGUACAACUUCAGGGACAUGCCCAACCCAGACACCACGCUUCCCGCUCUUACCACGGCCCAGGCCCCCAGCAUUUGGACCGUAAAACCUGGCGACAGCCUCUCAGUUCCGGUCCUAAUCCCGGCUCGGCCCACCACACUCCCCAAGGAUCCUUCGAUGGUCCAGUACCUAGAAAUCCCAGAGGGGGUGCGCUUUGGAACCCCGGCAGGCAACCCCAGGUCCGGCCGGAACAGCUCAAGGCACAAACCGACAUGCUUGAAGGUCUAUGCGCAACCAUCAUCGCGAAUGCCCAGAUCGAAUACGACGACAUCGUUGAGAACGAGACUUUUCGCCAAAAGAUCGAGGCACUUGCCCAGGCCGUCAUCACCCAGUACGAACAAUCUCAGAACGGCUUCCACGACUUUCCUCCCCAAAGCGUCCAGCUCCGGUGCUUCGGCAGUCUUGCUUCUGGGUUUGCUACCAAGGCUGCUGAUAUGGAUUUGGGUCUCUUGUCGCCUCUCUCACGCCUGCAGCCAGAUGCGCCAGGCUCUCCAAUCCCCCGGCUGAUUGAAAAGGCGUUUCUCGAAGUUGGACUUGCCGCUCGCCUGCUUUCAAAGACCAGAGUGCCCAUCAUCAAAGUCUGCGAAAAGCCGCCAAAGAGCUUGUACGAUGAUUUGGUGGAGGAGCACCUGAAGAGGGAGAGGGAGAUGUCAGAUAAGGGAGAAGACGAAGAGAACGACGAUCCAGAGCAUGAUUUGGCCGAAGAUGACGAACACGAGGCUGAUGAGUCGGCAGGCCGUCAUGCAUCUGCAGGGGAUAAGAAGCAGCAGAAGGAGCGGAAAGAGCACAAAGAUGACACGCAAGAUCAGCCGAAGAAAGAACGCCAUGACGAAGAAGGCAACCCAGACGACAAUGGUACAGAAAAGAAAGAGUUUAAACUCUACCAAGCCUUGAAUCAAACCCUAAACUCCUAUUACGGCACAACGAAAGGUUACUUGAGAAGUCUUGGCGGACGCGAUUUAACCAACUCAACAAUCAACAACUUUUCCCCAGCCGACUUCCAAAAGCUGAACCAAGUUUGCUUAGCAUUCGUAGAGGGGCUCGAGGAUCGCCAGCUGCGCGAUCGUUUGUUCAGUUACAAGUCUCUGGAUCGCUAUGAUCUUGAGUAUCGACCCGACCAGCCUCGCACUCUCCAGGGCGUGUACACGCAAGUCGAGGGCGAGCAGAUGGUGAUGAUGUGGGAGUCUCGUCAAAUCACCGAAAAGGACGCGGACAAGGAAGCGCGAGGCCAGAUGUGCGUAAACAGGUGGAAGACCCUGCAAGACCAUCCCAACUGCAGCGCCGAUCCUCUGGGGUAUGACAGGGACCUCAAGCGGGCGGCUGAUCAACUGCGAGUGCUCCCUUCCAUCCAGCUCAUGCUAUUGUCGCAGGGGCAGUACGAGUCAACUGCGCAGUAUUGCGCCAGGGCGAAGGAGUUGGUGGAAGACUUGGUUGGAAAUGACACGGCUGAUGAAAGGAGAGAGGCCAUUACCCUCAUCUCGCGCCGCUACAUCGACGGCAUCAAAGACGAGGCCAUACGGGAGGCAGUCAAGGAAUUCGCGGAAAGUGUUGGAUAUUCCAAUUUCCACGCGAUUGGAAAGAGACACAUGAGCUACCACCUCGCUCAUGACCUGGAGCAUUGUCUCGGGAGAAAUCUCUAUCCUAAGGAUACGGAAGACAAAAUCAGCUCGUACAUCGCUUUCCUCCGGGGACCUAUAGUGAAGUCCCCGGUCGAGCCCUUCGAGUGCGGCUUCGAGACCGCUCUGUCCCCAGACCUCAUCGAAACCAUUUCCCAGAUCCGCUCAAUCGGCGACCCAUCAACCAUGGGCCCUAACCAACCCCGCGAUCCCUACCGCGACCGCUUCGAGUUUCCCAAGUCCGGUGUAGGCAUCCAGUGCGACAUCAACUUCUCCGCCCACCUUGCCAUGCACAAUACUCACCUUCUUCGCUGCUACUCGUCCUGCGACCCGCGCGUCCGGCCCAUGGUUCUCUUCGUCAAGCACUGGGCCAAGGUUCGCGGCAUCAACUCCCCUUACCGCGGCACCCUCAGCAGCUACGGCUAUGUUAUGAUGGUGCUACAUUACCUAAUCAAUGUCGUCAAGCCCUUCGUCUGCCCAAACCUGCAACAACUCGCCCCACCUCUCCCGCCUGACCUCACGCCAGAGCAGCUCAACGACGUAGCCUUUUGCAAAGGUAAGAACGUGCAUUUCUGGCGCGAUGACCAGGAGAUCCAGCGUCUGGCGGCCAUGGGCAUGAUCAACCAGAACCGGGACUCCAUCGGCCAUCUCCUCCGUGGGUUCUUCGAGUACUAUGCCCAAAAUGGCUCAUUGUCUACGUUGCCCGGCAGAGGCUUCGAUUGGGGCAGGGAUGUGAUCAGCCUUCGCACGCAGGGCGGAAUUCUCAGUAAGCAAGAAAAGGGGUGGACAGGCGCUAAGACGGUGUUGGAGUCGACGCCGGGUGUGCCGUCCACCGUUGCCCCGUCGGCGCAGCAGCCACAACAACCACAGCAACAAACAGCUGCUCCUCUUGCCGGUCCUUCUCCUGGUAUGGCACCUCCGCCUGGUCUCGCCCCUCCGCCAGGCUUCCCGGCACAUUCCCCUGUCCCUGCCCCUGCCCCUCCCGCUCCUACGACCGAAGAACCCACCCCGACAGGCCCUUUUACCGAGCAACAUCAACAGCCGAAACCGGAUGUGGAACUCAAAGAAGUCCGCUACCGCUACCUCUUUGCCAUCGAGGACCCCUUCGAGCUCGACCACAAUGUCGCCCGCACUGUCACGCACAGCGGCAUCGUCGCUAUUCGGGACGAGUUCAGGAGGGCUUGGAGAAUCAUUAGGAAUGCUGGGAGGCUGCAGGGACAAGGACAGGGAUUCCAGGGACAUCAAGGACAUCAGAUUGGAAGUGGAGAGAUGCCAGUGCCUGAAGAGGAAAACUUACUGGAGGAUGUGCUGGAGGCUGGAAAGAAGAAGCAGAGGGAGGAGUUUGAUGAGUUGUUGGAUGGGCUACAUGGAAGGGUUUGGAGAGGAGAGGCUGUUGGGGAAGCUCGGAAGGAGGAGGGUGGUGGUGGUGGUGGUGGUGGUGGUGGUGGUGGUGGUGAUGCUUGAUGGUGUAUUUACAACGAUUGAUGGAGGGUGUGUUAUGAAUGUUUGAUGUUGUCCAUAUUUAGUGGUUCAUGUGGAUAAUUAAAAACUUGUUUGUUCUUGCUUGAUUGUUUGAAGUACAUGAUAGAUGAAAAGCGGUACAUGCUCAACAAAAACUCUGAGGUAUGAUAGAAAUGGAGUUCGGACACAAAAAAUGAGAGAG